GGCCUUGUUUUUUUUGCCAGCCUCGCAUCCUUUGUGUGUCAUACAACGCUAGCAUUUGGAGUAACCGAUCGGACCACGUUACUUGCGGACGCAACUGUUCGAACGAGUUCGUGUGUUUAGCGUUCCUGGCAGUGCUCUCCAAGCUGCUGCCAUUUUACGCAGUCCAAACGCGACGCCGCGACUGCUCGACGGCCGGCGCGGCGGCUGACCCGUACAGCGAUCUAUUCUUGCAGCGCGGCACGACCAACGAUGCGGCUGCGCCUCCUCGCCGCCGCGGCGCUCGCGGCGGCGCAGAUCUACCGGCCCGACGGCGCGCGGACACCUUUCAAGAAGAGCGUCCCGACGCCGCCACGCAAGACGUCGAGCAGCCACCACAUCUCCGAUGGCGAGCAUAUCAAGUUGGACGACGGCAACCUCCCGUCCGAAAUCUUCCUGGGGCGGCACACGAUCAAGAAGCCGUGGACGUUGGGCAAGUAUGAGAAUAAUGUGAUUACGGUGGAGGACAUGUAUCGGAUCAUUUUGAAAAGAAGGCUGCACCCCGUCGCGAUCGACUUCCGGGAAAUCUGCCACAAGGACAUGGGUCCCACGAACCAAUCCAUCGAAUCAAUUUGUGGGCGCAAGUUCAAAGAUACGACACGGUCGGACCGCGGACCUGCACAAGUGCCGGGCAUCCUCGUCAGGUCGACGCAGAACCCUUGUGGUUUGCCCUACCGCAUGGUCGACGGCGCGCACCGUAUUUGUCGGAUGAAGGCGGCGGGUAUCAGUCAAGGGUGUUUUUUCGUGCUCGACGAGGCGACGGCGCUGUCUCUGGUGGUCCCCUACCCGGCCCACGGCGCGAAGGCGCAGCGUAUUAAACCGAUCGGCAGGUACGAGGCCAUCGCGCUCGGCUGGAAGCUGGCGAUGGACUACUACGGGAUCGACGCCGACUGCGAGAAGCGGGCGAAUUGGACAGCUGUGUAA